CCUGCCUGUUCAAUGGGGCCGCCAGAGUCUGGAGAAGCUGUGCCUGUCUGGCUCUGCCACUGACCACAUCAUCUCUGCUGUCCCUAAAGUACACUUCUCCCAUCUCAGCCCCAGAAUGGCACUGCCCCCCAGCCCUCUGGCCAUGGAAUAUGUUAAUGACUUUGACUUGAUGAAGUUUGAGGUAAAGCGAGAGCCCUCUGAGGGGCGAUCUGCUCCCCCCACAGCCUCACUGGGCUCCACACCUUACAGCUCAGUGCCUCCGUCACCCACCUUCAGUGAGCCAGGUGUGGUGGGGACCACUGAGGGCGCACGGCCAGGCCUGGAGGAGCUGUACUGGUUGGCCACCCUGCAGCAGCAGCUAGGGGCUGGGGAGUCGGUGGGGCUGAGUCCCGAUGAGGCCGUGGAGCUGCUACAAGGUCAGGGCUCCAUCCCUGUUGAGGGGACCCACAGCUACUACCCAGGCAAUCCAGAGGAGACAGGCACCCAGCAUGUCCAGCUGGCCGAUCGGUUUUCAGACGCGGCGCUGGUAUCGAUGUCUGUGCGAGAGCUCAACCGGCAGCUGCGGGGCUGCGGGAGAGACGAGGCGCUGCGGCUGAAGCAGAGACGCCGCACGCUGAAGAACCGCGGUUAUGCGCAGGCCUGCCGCUCCAAGCGGCUGCAGCAGCGGCGCGGGCUGGAGGCCGAGCGCGCCCGCCUGGCCGCCCAGUUGGACGCGCUGCGGGCGGAGGUAGCUCGCCUGGCUCGCGAGCGCGACCUCUACAAGGCUCGCUGUGAUCGGCUGACCUCGAGCGGCCCCGGGUCCGGGGAUCACACCCACCUCUUCCUCUAAGCUUAAG